GUGUACCACUUGGGCUUAGCCUCAUUUUCACAAACAAUACGCGGCACCCCGAUACUCGGACAAACCCGGAACCAAAUUUAUCCCCAAACCGCAACGUCGUUAAACUACAGUGUUCCUCUUUCACCGCUGCGACUUGUAUCUCCCCCGUAUCUUUUGGCUACGCCGAGGGAAGGCAGCAGGUAACUAACAUCUAACAUGAUGAUGUGGGACGAUUACCAAAACCAAACUCAAAAUCAAAACCAAGACCAAGACUCAAACUCAGACUCGCACCUUAAUUUUGAUUUUCUUUCCCUUGUCUCAAAGCCUAAGGAUUACUAUAAAAUACUGGAAGUGGAUUAUGACGCUAGUGACGAUGCUAUUCGCUCCAAUUACAUACGCCUCGCUCUGAAAUGGCAUCCGGAUAAGCAGAAAAGUGAGGAUAGUGCCACUUCUAGAUUUCAAGAAAUAAACGAGGCUUACCAAGUUUUGAGUGAUCCUAUCAGAAGAAGAGAAUAUGAUGAUAAAGGGAUGUUCUAUGUUUAUGAUUAUAAUAUAAUAGAGUAUCUUAAUCGUUACAAGGGCCUUAUAUUAACCUGUAAUGGUCUCGGGAUCAGACAGUCAAUCUGGUAAUACCUAAAACAGCACCUUUUUUUAAUUCAUUUAUGGUGCUGCAAUGAAAUUUGCUCAGUCUCUUACUGGUAAUAGCACCAUUUUAGAAGAAGAGGUGGACGGAGAAUGCAAUGCAGAGUCUAGUAUGCAUAUAGUAGAAAAUGACAUAAUAAUUGUAGUGUAACAUUGGAUGGAUGCCUGUUUAUCUCUUAUCAGGGUUGUAACCUCACCAUCUAAUGGUGUCUUUUGCUAGCAGCAAUAAUUUAGUGGCUGGAAUGAUGGGUUAGUUUAUUUGACAAGCACACACCUGUAAAUGAAAUUAUUUGGGACGAGUGAUCUUGAGGCCAACUCAACACAGAUUGCAGAUAAUAAAUUAUAACAAUAAUUAAGCAUUAAUUAA